AUGACAGUUUCUAGCGAUCAAAAGCCAAUCACCGUUGUCGGGGCUACCGGCAAACAGGGGGGCUCAGUUGCUAAGUCCCUUCUCCAGAAUCCCGAGUUUCAUGUGCGAUGCCUUACCCGAGAUGGGUCGUCAAAAAAGGCAAACGAGCUUCGUGCAAUGGGGGCAGACGUCGUGCAGACAGAUGGUUUUAACGAUGAUGCAACCCGCGAUGCUAUCGCUGGUAGCUGGGGCAUAUUUAUCAACAAUGGAUACUCGAAUACGGACGAUGUGAGAGAGGGCCGAUAUGAAUUGGACUUUGGAAACCGUAUUCUACGGAGCGCAGCUGCUGCUGGGAUUUCGAACGUCGUUUUCAGCUCCCAACCCUCUGCAGAACAGCUCACCAACGGCAAAAUUCGCACCCCCAUUUUGGAUGUCAAGGCAUGGGGCGAGUCCUGGGGACGAGCAAACCCAGUUUUUACCGCGUUCACCCCAAUUAUGUGCUCUUGGUAUAUGGAAGACUUCCUCAUGCCAUCAUUCUACGAGGGAUUCGGCGGGUUCCCGAUGAACAAGGAUUCUGAUGGAUUACUCACACUACGGAGUCCGCUGCUUGGCGGUGGUGAGAGAGUCCCUUGGAUCUGUAUCGACGAAGAUUUUGGCGACCUGGUCCAUGGAAUUUUCUUGAACCCGAUGCGUUGGAAUCGCCGCACCGUCCAAGCCGUUGGUGAUAUCUUGUCCUUUGCGGAUGUGGUAGACACCUUCGCCCGAGUGCGGAAGCAGCCGGCGCGAUUUAUCGGAUACGAAGACCCAGAAAUGUUCCCGGCUUUCGAGAAACCCGAGUUGAAAGAGUCCAAAGAUGUCUUCUCGUUCUAUCAAAUGCGGGAUGGCGAGAUAUUUGGGUGUGGAAUCACCGAGUCUCAAACUGCGAGUGAGCUAAAAAGAGCGGCUACACAGGCUAAGAGGUGCUCUGGAGGCCGAGAAUCUCUUAUGACAUGUGCGGAAUGGUUCGCAGACGUCUUCCCACAGCACACGUAG